GGGAGGCGGUCGUAUGCGAUGGUGGACGUGGUCUGGAGGAUGUGGAUGUGGGCUUCAACUACCUCCGAUCUGCCUGCCGUCACUGCCUUCAUUAUUCGGAUGUGCGCCUACGUGUGGGGUACGUUCUUCUCAUCAUUAUCAGUGAAAUUUUAUAUUAUGUUUCCGAACCAUUCUGAUGAAAUGGUUUUUAAUGAGUGCAUUAAUAAUGAAGAGCAUGAUCAAAAGAAAGGGAAUUGA